AUGAAUAUUAAAUACGUUUUUUUAAUUGUUGUUGCAUUGGUUUGUUUAUCAAGCUUUGUAGAGUCUGCCGCUAGUGGAAAGAAGAAUGGUAAACUUCAAAUCGGAGUAAAGCAUCGUCCAGCUGAAUGUACAAGAAAAACAACUAAAGGAGAUGUUUUGAAGAUUCAUUACACUGGUUCAUUACUCGAUAACGGUGAGAAGUUUGAUAGCAGCGUUGACCGUGGUACUCCAUUCGAAUUCACUUUGGGUGAAGGUCAAGUUAUCAAGGGAUGGGAUAAUGGUUUAUUGAACAUGUGUAUUGGUGAAAAGAGAAAGCUCACUAUUCCACCAUCAUUAGGUUAUGGUGCUCAAGGUGCUGGUGCAAAGAUCCCAGGAAAUUCUUAUCUCGUUUUUGAUACUGAACUCAUUGAUAUCGUAUCAAAUAUUUAUGAUGACGAACAAUAA